CAUCUACAGAUGACCGACACUGACAUUAACAUUGAAUCCAUUGCAAAAGUGCAACGAUCAAAGCUCUUCCCCUGUUCACUGAAAGUGGAUGAGCUUGAUAUUGAUUCCAAAUAUACACGGGGAAAAAAAAAAAAUCCACCUAGAUGGAUGAACAGCUACAUUGUUUUUCGUAGAGCCCUUGGUCUCUUAUUAAAGGGUAUCAAAAUGGAUGGAAAACAAUUAACACUCUUGGCAAGACAAAUGUGGAAUGAAUCGAACAAAUAUGAGAAGGAAGAAUACAAGAAUAUUUCUCUAGAGUUAAGGAAACGUCAUAGGAAACGUUACCCCGAAUUUAAGUAUGGGGCCAAGAGAA